CAACUCAGAGGCAAAAAAGCGGCGUCGGAGGAGACAGAGUCACCUUUGAGCCGCUGAGCACCCAAUGCCCGCGGUGCUGCGGCCAUGGGCGGCCGGGGGUGCCCCCUGCUCCCCGCGCUCCUCCUGCUCCCAGGGCUCUCUCUGGGGUUCAAUGUGGACGUGAGGCGUCCGCAGGUGUUUUGGGGACCGGCGGAGGCGCAGUUUGGGUACCGAGUGCUGCAGAGGGCGAACGGCCGAGAGAGGGGGCUGUUGGUGGGGGCCCCGUGGGACGGCGACCGCCAAGGGGACGUCUACAAGUGCCGCGUGGGAAGCGCCAACGCCACCUGCGCCAAAGCCAACCUCGGCUCCUCGUGGCUCCCGGGGGGCACCGGGCAUUGGGGGAUGACCCUGCUGGACUCCAAGGACGGCGGCUUAGUGGCGUGCGCCCCGCUUUGGUCCCAGGAGUGUGGAACCUCCGUCUUCAGCACCGGCCUCUGCGCACGGCUCGACGGGGACCUGCGGCCCGUGGGGAGGAUGGAGCCCACGGCCCAGCGUUGUUCCACCUACAUGGACAUCGUCAUCGUCCUCGAUGGCUCCAACAGCAUCUACCCCUGGUCUGAGGUGCAGAACUUCCUCAGCAACAUCCUCAGCAAGUUCUUCAUCGGACCCGGCCAGAUCCAGGUGGCGGUGCUGCAGUACGGGGAGCGGGCGGUGCACGAGUGGACGCUGGAGACGUACCGGACGGCGGAGGAGGUGGUGGAGGCGGCCAAGAACAUCAGCCGGCAGGAGGGCAGGGAGACGCGCACCGCCUUCGCCAUCCAUCGCGCGUGCACCGAAGCCUUCAGCCCGGCGCGGGGCGGGCGGCCGGACGCCACGCGCCUGAUGAUCGUGGUGACGGACGGGGAGUCCCACGACGGCGAGGAGCUGCCCGAGGCGCUGGCGGAGUGCGAGAAGCGCAACGUCACCCGUUACGCCAUUGCCGUGCUGGGGCACUACCUGCGCCGCCAGCAGGACCCCGAGGACUUCAUCCGCGAGAUCAAGUUCAUCGCCAGCGAUCCCGACGAGAAAUAUUUCUUCAACGUCAGCGACGAAGCCGCCCUCAACGACAUCGUGGACGCUUUGGGCGACCGAAUCUUCAGCCUGGAAGGCACCCACGGGUACAACGAGAGCUCCUUCGAGCUGGAGAUGUCCCAGAUCGGCUUCUCCAUCCACCUCCUGGAGGAUGGGGUCCUCUUCGGGAUGGUGGGCGCCUACGACUGGGAUGGGGCGGUGCUGGAGGAGGGCGCGCGCGGGCGCAUUGUCCCGCCCCGAAGAACCUUCCAGAAGGAAUUCCCGCUGGAGAUGAAGAACCACGCGGCUUAUUUGGGUUACGCCGUCUCCUCGCUGCAGUUGCCCAACGGGCAGCGCCUGUUGGUGGCCGGAGCCCCCCGUUUCCAGCACAGGGGCAAAGUCCUCCUCUUCCAGAUGGACCCCACGGGCACCGUGACGGUGGCACAGGCGCUGACGGGGGAGCAGAUCGGCUCCUACUUCGGGAGCGAGGUGUGCGCCCUGGACGUGGACGGUGAUGGGGUGACCGAUGUCCUCUUGGUGGCGGCUCCCAUGUUCCUGGGGGAGCAGAGCAGGGAGACGGGAAGGGUGUACCUGUACCGAGUGGGGCAGAACCUCCUGACCCCCUCCGGCACCCUCCACGCCGAUAAGAAGCCGCAGGAUUCGCGGUUCGGUUACGCCAUGGCCGCGGUGCCGGAUCUCAACCACGACGGCCUGGGCGACGCGGUGGUGGGGGCUCCGCUGGAGGAUGGGCACCGCGGGGCCCUCUACGUCUACCACGGCGCCGCCGGCACCCUCCGACCCCACUACAAACAGCGCAUCGAGGCGGCGGCGUUGGCUCCGAGUCUCCGCUAUUUUGGGCGCAGCGUGGACGCGCAGAUGGACCUGGACGGCGACGGGCUGGUGGACCUGGCGGUGGGAGCGCAGGGAGCGGCCGUGCUGCUGCGCUCCCGCCAGAUCGUCCAGGUCAACACGACGCUGACGGUGGAGCCUCCAUCCAUCAACGUCAUCCGGAAGAACUGCCAACGCGGCGGCACCGGCGCCGUCUGCCUCCGCGCCAAAGUCUGCUUCCGUGCCGGAACCCGAGCCCGGGGGCAGCGGGACAGGGAGAUCGAUCUCCGGUACAACGUAUCCCUGGAGGAGAGGACACCGGGAGCUCGAGCCGCCUUCGACUCCGGCGCCCGUCACCUGCUGCAACGCCACGUGGAGCUCUCGCUGGGACGGCAGAGCUGCCUCCGCUUCCCCUUCCACGUCCUGGACACCACGGAUUAUCUACGACCUCUCAGCAUCACCUUGAGGUUGGCCAUGGCCGAAUCCACCGGGCCGGUCCUGGAUGAGACGUCGCCCACCACCAUCCGGAAACUGAUCCCCUUCUUCAAGGACUGUGGGGAGGACGAUGAGUGCGUCACGGAUCUGGUGCUCAAGGCCACCAUGGACAUCGUGGGCUCCAGGCAGAGGCCCCACGUCCUGCGCAAGGGCAGGAGGAAGGUGGUGGUGGACGUGGUGGUGGAGAACAAGAAGGAGAACGCCUACAACGCCAGCUUGCUCCUCCGCUUCUCCAGCAACCUCCACUUCUCCAGCCUCGCGCUCCAGAGAAUUAACCCGGUGAAGCUGGAGUGCUCGGCGCUGCCGGGUCACCGCCGGCUCUGCAGCGUUGGGUACCCCGUCUUCCGCUCGGAGGCCAAGGUGUCCUUCACCCUGGAGCUGGAGUUCAGCUGCUCCGUCCUCCUCGACCGCGCCGAGGUGGUCCUCGAGGCCAGCAGUGACAGCACUGAGGCAACGCCGGAGGACAACGUCGUCCGACUGUUUGCCCCCAUCCGCUACGAACCCGAUCUCUUCGUCUCCAGCGACUCCAACCUCCACCGCUAUGAGGUUCACCCUCUCGGCACUUUCCCCCACGGUCCGGGGCCUGAAUUCAAGACCACAGUGAAGGUGCAGAAUUUGGGGUGUUACCCUGUCCGGAACCUCACCCUCCACAUGACCCUACCAGCGCUUGGGUACCGCCGCGCCGCCUUCCUCUCCGUCACGCGCAUCCUGAUGGACAACGCUACCUGCGAGCUGCGGGACCCCCUGGAGGAGCCGCGGGUGAUCCCGGUGCAUCCCGAAGACCUUCUGCGUGUGGACAGGCUGGACUGCGGUAACGCCUGGUGCCAGGAGCUGAGCUGCCGGCUGGGGCGGCUGCACCGCGGCGCCGAGGUCUCCAUCCACGUCCUCCGCACCAUCCACAACGACUUCUUCCGUAGGGCUAAAUUCCGGAGCGUGAGAGUGGUCAGCACGGUCUGGUUGGGGGUCCCGGGGGGCAGCGCGCUCCUCCUGGAGGAGGGGGCGCAUCGGAGGGAGACGGUGCUUGAGAUCCUCCAGGGGAAGCGGAUGCCCAUCUCCCUCUGGAUCCUGGUGGGCAGCAUCCUGGGGGGACUGCUCCUGCUGGCGCUCAUCAUCUUCUGCCUGUGGAAGUUGGGUUUCUUCACCCGCCAGAAGCUCCCGGAGGAGGAGGAAGAGGAGCAAUGAGGGGCGGCAGUGGCCCCUCGACCCCGGCACCGUCAGGAAGAGCCGAGCGGGUGCUCUGGACUCCAUCCUCGCGGAGGGCGAUGGACUGCGCUGGCGCGGGGGUCGCGGCCAGCCGAGGUCGGGGCGCAGCUCCGGCCGUGAAGGAGCCCCCCGAGAUGGAGCCGAAGGACUUUUGGGGGUGGCCAAGAGGGGAAUCCACCGGGCUGACGGCGCAGCUCCACCAAUAAAGCUCAGCCCCGCCGAGACCCUUUGGGCGCGUGGGACCCCGCGUCGGCGCUCCACUUGGGGAUACUCCGGGAGGAUAAACACCUCCCGCUCCCAAAAACCCAACACCGGAACAUUCCGGAGGGACACCACGGAUACCUCCAAACACCAUCCCGCUGCUUCCCAAGCCA